CUUCCCUCCACAUCUGCUGACGUUAAGAAAGAAGCAUCACAUACACUUCCCCAGAUGUCUAGCAGAAGAUCAAGAGCUUCAAGACACAGAGAAGAAGAUGAGAUCAACAAUCACAUCCUCAAACUACAAGCUGCGAUAUCGCAGAUCCAACGGACGGGCACAACUAGCAGGGCAUCCGCAUCGAAGAUUCUGAAGGAAACCUGCAAUUUCAUAAAGAAGCUUCACAGGGAGAUGGAGGACCUCAGUGAGAGACUGUCUGUAUUGAUGGCCUCUAUUGACACCAACAGUGCUGAAGCAGAAGUUCUGAUAAGUUUACUCAUGCAACGAUAGCUAGGUAAAUUACCCCACAAAAGAAAAGCAGCAAUAGGACUCAGAGAGAGUGAAGUGUGGAGUGUGAACGAGGCAUCUAUGAAGAUGGACAGCAGCAACAGUACUUCUCCAAAUAUUCUAAAAAGUCCAGAACUCUCUCUCUCUCUCUCUCUCUCUCCUAAAUAUUCUCUGUGGAAUUUCCUGUAAAAGUUGGUCACAAGUCAUUGCAGAAACCAAUCCAUGAUGAUAUGUGUUACUGUUGUAUCACUAUUAUUUAGGUUAGGACCGUUAGGUUUUCUCCUUAGAUUGGGAAGAGAGAAUUGUCGAUGCCUUCGUUUGUCUCACACUAGCUACCAAUGUUUCUGUCAUGUAGUGUUAGUCGUUUCCCAAGAAAAGGUUAUAUUGGGUCCCUAGCUAUGCUGGCAAGGUACCAUAUAUAAAUUGAAAAUUUCAGUUUACCUAUAA